AUGGGUGAGAACUUUAAAGAGCCGGAUAUUGUGCUACCCUGCAUCCUAACGGUAACCCUUCAUGAGGCUCCUGGCCUGCCUGCACUAUAUGAUAAACGUCGGUAUGCACUCUUGAACUAUGAUAAAUGCGAAGUGCCAGUGGAACCCUAUCUGGUAUUUGCAAACGAUCCUAUCUUGGUGCAAAAGGAUUACAAUGUCUGCAAAUUCUACGUUGCUCGUCUUGCAGAGUUAACCAUUUCCUUCUAUGUCCCUGAUCCAGAAGAUGCGCCAGCGAUGCUUUUGGGUGUAGCACGAGUAAAACCUUUUAGUAUUUCAAGAUCCGCCAACUCCCGCUGGCUGCCAGUGGGCCAUGAUUCUGCUGCCAGAGUUCGUGUCAGUUUCGAAUAUCAGCGCACUUUGCAAGAGCCGAAAUUUCGGUUACUAGGGGGCGAUAUGAUACGAAGCAGAUCGAGAUACGUUGGAGUAUUCAAGUCGGAAGAUAUAGGGCAAAGAUAUGCUGAUGGGUGGUUCUCAAAUGAGCACAUCUCUUCGCCUGACCUGAUCUCGUUCUUACCAUCUCAAAUCAACCAUCCGUUUAUCGCCUCAGUUACACAUUCUUAUGAAUCGGAAUAUGAAUUACACCUUCUUUCGCCGUACGUUAGCGGCGGACAUCUUUUUCAUCACAUUCAGAAUCAGCGACGUUUUGAUCCUGAUACAUCUCGACUAUACAUCGCUGAGAUUUUGUGCGCGCUAGAAUACAUUCACGAUUUUCAUAGCAUCUUUGGUUGGCUGAAGCCGCAGAAUGUUCUUCUAGACCUUUCAGGCCAUAUUGUUCUGUGCGGCUUCGGUCUCUUCAUCCUGGAGGCAAAGAAUAGAGAUUCCACGACACCUAGAGUAGCUGAGUACCCGGCACCAGAGCUACUCCUUGGCAGUGAUGCAACUCGACUGGCAGAUUAUUGGACAUUGGGAAUCUUCCUUUACGAGAUGCUAGUGGGAGAACCAUUAUUUUAUGACGAAAAUCCCACUAAUAUUACGGAAAAGAUCCUCAAACAGCCUCUUGAAUUUCCUGGCAAUAUAUCCACAGCAGCCAAGGACCUUAUAACUCGCCUUCUUGAUCGCAGGCCGCAGGAACGCCUGGGUGCACAUGGAGCGUCUGAAAUUAAGAAUCAUUCUUUUUUUAAGACUAUAAACUGGCAAAAGGUUCUCCAGCGGAACUAUGAACCUGCUUUCAAGCCAGAAUAUACACCAGGUUCUAACCCCUUAUGUGGCUCUUGUAACUUCUCACCAAACCACGUAUCUGGAUCGUUUGAGCAACAUGGUGUGCCUGGAAGCUUUGAGCCACCAGAGCCACCAUCAAUAUUCCAAGGACUGAACAGAUGGGCCAUGGCCCAAGGGGGGAGGGCCACCGAGAAUUCGGAGACGACUAUUCAAGCGGACAAUGAAUGGGACUUGAUAUGGCAAGAUUCACAGCCGCAAAGCUUUCAUUUCCAUAAUCGUGUCACAGGGGCAACAAGACCAGUUCCUUCUCGGGCUGUUGAUCCUUGCGCUACCCAGGACGCCGCAACUUAUACCAACAUUGGCUUAGAUACUACUCCUGGUUUAACGCACAAGUUAGACGCGCUUGAAGCUGCGUUGCGAGCCGGAUACGACCAUGCUGUCUCGGAGCUAUUGACAUACAACAUGGACUUGAAUGUCGAGAUUUUUGGCCGGGACCGGAGGCGCCCACUCCAUUGGGCGGUAAAGCAUAAAAACCUCCAUCUAGUUUGCCUAUUCCUGGAGCAUGGCGCAAACGCUGAUUUUGGCGGCCCUGCCCUAAUCCAAGCCGUGGAAAUCGGGCAUCUUGGCAUUGCAGAAGCUCUUGUGUCAAAAACGAGCCGAGUGGCCUGUACCCAAUCUUUAGGUCUCGCCGUCGACAAACAGGAUAUGAACAUGGCAAGACUUCUCUUAGGCUACGGUGCUCACUGUGACUUUGAAAAAGACGAUCGCCCACACCCUCAGCCAACGUGGGAUCAAAGUUUUAUGGGCUGUGAUAUUUCUCGACCACAGGAGUUUAAACCCCCUCUUAUCCGGGCAAUUCAGAAGCACGACAUUGAUAUUGUUCGGUUAUUACUCUUGCAUGGGGCGGAUCCUAAUGUUGCCCUUCAUGAUACUUUUGACUGUGGUAGAGCUGUCCAACUGGCUAUGAAGGCUGAACAGCUAGGAAUAGUACAGUUGUUACUUGACAGCGGCGCAGAUAUUAGUUUGCCGGGUGAUACUUGGGAAGGGUCAGGACAUAAAUGUCAUAUUUCGAAGAGGCCAGUCUAUCAAAAUGUGACGGCCAGAUUGCGAGCAGCCAUGGCGGCAAAAAAGUUGGGCAAGGCGGCAAAUCUAUAUGUUUCGGGAUAG